CACAAGUCAAAAGAAAUCUUGAUCAAUCAUCAUAUCUUCCAAGAUGAUUUCGCAACGAAUACUCGGUUGUUUAGUCCUGAUUUUAUUGUCGCAAUAUAAUGACGCAUCGAAGUCUCGUUAUGUGACUAUUAAGAAUUCGUUGCAACGCAUUGAAAAUCUCUUACUUAAACAAGCCGAUCAACCCACGUUGAAUUGCCAUAUUCCUGAGAAAAUAUUUAAUUUAAUUUGGGAAAUUUCAAAGAUUUCUAAUAAUGACAGCAAUGAAACGCAAGUUAGCCGAAGAAGUUUGCCUGCAACCGUAGACGUCGAUAAUGUUCUUUUCCUUCGAAACAUACUAGGCUUAGAUGGCGAGAAAAAUGCCGAAUCAUCUUCGUCGGGAAAGCACAGAAAUAGAAACAGCAACCGCAACGAAAACAUUAACACAAAUGUCAACAGCAACUAUUUCAAAGCCAGACGUACUCUUAAUGAUUUAUUACCUUUGAAUGUAGGACGCAAUCGAAAUUCUAAUUCUAAUUCGAACGUAAACACUAAUACAAACAAGUUAGAUUUGACUGUAGAUCCAUUCGACUUGAGCGAUGAAGAUGAGGCUUAAAUGCAGAAGAGAGAAAGAGAAAGAAAAUUACGAAAUAUGCCCGAAUAUUAGCUGCACCUGUAACCUUCUGUAAAAUUAUUAAUUGCAUUAAUAGAAUAAUGUAAUCAAAAUG